AUGCUGUUUAACUGCUCAGCGAACAUUUUAUCUAUCUAUCUAUCUAUCUAUCUAUCUAUCUAUCUAUCUAUCUAUCUAUCUAUGUUCAUAUCUAUCAAUUUAUCUAUCUUUAAAGUUUGGAUAAUAUUUUUUUUUGGCCAAUUCUUUGGAAAAAUAUUUAUUGAAGAAACUCUAGAUGGCCUCAGCAAGUCGACAGGCUCCACUUGCUCCCAGUCUUCAAACAACCUGACGAGUGAUCCACUAAAUAUUUCGAAGGCUCCUUUCAGCUCAAGUAAUCCAGGACUUACUCUCGCUUCAGAUGAAUUCUCAGGAUCAACAAUCCAGCCUGAAGUGGGGGAUUUGCCACUGAUCUCUCUCAGUCUGUUCAUCUAUGUCACUUGCUCGCAUCUAUCUAUCUAUCUAUCUAUCUAUCUGAGACUGUUUAUAUUUACCUUUAUCCAUAUCUGUCUGAGACUGUUUAUAUCUACAUCUAUUCAUAUCUGUCUGAGUCUGUUUAUAUCUAUCUUUAUUCAUAUCCGUCUGUCUGAGUCUGUUUAUAUCUAUCUUCAUUCAUAUCUAUCUGAGUCUGUUUAUAUCUACAUUUAUUCAUACCUAUCUGUUUGCGACUGUUUAUAUCUACCUUUAUUCAUAUCUAUCUAUCUGAAUCCGUUCAUAUCUAUUUAUAUUUAUAUCUAUCUGUCUGAGUCUGUUUAUAUCUACCUUUAUUCAUAUCUAUCUCCCUGA